CGAAAAGUAUCUGUGUUCUGGCCACUGCCGUCGACAGUCGAAAGCACUUCAGCCAGGGCCUACUUAGCUGAAGGAGAAAAACCAAACAAUUUAAAGGGCGGCCGUCGAAGGAGCUGCCAACCAGCCAACUACGCCCGUGCGUUUCGUCCCGUUCCACGCUUGUGACCCCGUAGCCCACGUCCACUUGUGUGGCGUGUGCACCCAGAAGCCGCCAAGACGACUUACUCGAUAAUGAAGAUGAGCUCGCCCAGGAUCAUGCAGCAGAAGCGGAGCAGCAAGUCCUCCAACUCGUCGCGGGUCUCGAUGACCACCUCGACGGCGGAGGAGAAUCUCCUGGAGUCGAAGCUCUUCAGCUGGAUGCGCCUCUUCCGCUUCGCCUCGCUGCUCUGCCGCGCCGAGUAACGGAGCUAGUCUAUAAGAACGAGGUCCUUCCCAUCCCCCCCAAUGCAGAAACAUAAAUGGUUAGGCAUAUAACAGAUACUCGAACUAGUUGCCGCUUUUCAGUCAAGUUUUCCUAUAUAUAAUGAGACACCAAGGGAGAAACACCAAUCUAUAUUGUCACCCUAACCUUUCCAGCAACGUAGCGUAUGGAUACUACCAAAUGAGUACUCAAAGAUACACCUCCUCCAAGCAGAAAUACCAUGUUAAGUUUAAGCUGAAAAGCAAGGAAUACCACAGAAAAUAAAUACCCAAGAAAAUAAUACAACGUUUAAUUUAAGCUCCUUUUCGGGAAAUCGAAAUCGAAACCGACUCCUUCAGUUAGCUCUUCACAAUUAAGUCAAUUUUUAGUGUAAAUUCCGUUGCAUCGGAAUUUCUCGCGCCUUUCGUACCUUUUGUAUUGUAAUAAGUGAAAUGAAGUAUGAGACACUUACAAAUCGCAAACUACAAGCAAAUAAAUAUUAAAUCAUAAUCCACUUAUUGCGUUUAUUCGGGUUUAUUAGUGCUUAAGUUUCGAGAACAGCCGACUACAACACGAGGUAUAUAUAUAUUUUUGUAAUUACAACAAUGUUUUGCGUGUCACAAACAAAAAAAAAAAAAGAAAACAUCAAGAGAAAACGUUUAUGCAAGGCUAUUAAAUAGAUAAAUAUAUAUUAACUAAAGGAGCGAGCAAUUGAGCCAGUACUAACAAUAACAAAACAAUGUAUACACACAUGUAGAGGAAUAUAUUUACACAUCAAACUCGAAUCGGAGUCUUUGCAAAUGCGCUUAUCCAAUAAAUAUUAACACUAACUCACAAUAGUUAUCCAAGCCCAGCAAUAUGAGAAGUGCAUUUAACCCAAAGAAGUUGCCAAACAACACAUUAGCAAUGCAAACAACACAAUAACGAUGAAAGCAUAUUCGUUUCCGUACAGCCUCAGACAGUAAUAGAGAAAUACCAAGGAGAACACUACGAAAAGAAAAAAAGCAAAUACAUUUAUCAGAGAUUUUCGAAAUUCAAAUUUACUUAUUAAUUAGUUAGUAAGCCAGAAUCGGAAUGCAACCCUGCAAGCAUCAACAUAACGGUAACAACGGUAAUGCCAAAACAAUGAGAAACUGUACUAGAACAUAGUAAUAUCACUGCAGCAGAUAAUUGUUGAGAAAAAUGCAAUAAAUCGAUAUCGAUCAAUAAAUAAAGUCUUUAAGCUGUUGAGUGUUCAAUGCAAA